AAAAGGAUGUGUGAACAAGCAGCGCGCUACUGCAGGGACGGCGUCCAAAAACUGCUCAACAAAGAACAAGCCAAACUCCGGGCACAGGACAGCAAAGACCAGCCCAAACCCUUGGAUCAGGACAGCGAGACAGCGACGGCUGCACAGUCCGGAAACAGCGGCACUCAGCCCGGUGGAAUAGACGGGCUCGUCCGCUGGAUAGUCACCAAAAUGAGCGACAACAAAAGCAUCUCUACUCGGGAAUAUGUGAAGGAGGAGGCGGCACUGGCUCAGGAGCAGUUCUUCGCACCGGAGCCCCGAAAGGGCAUCUCUGUCAUCUUGGAUAUUUUCCGGAGGGCUGAUAAGGAUGAUGAUGGGAAGCUCUCCCUUGAUGAGUUCCAGGCUUUCUUCUCUGAUGGGACACUGAAUGAAGAGGAGCUGGAAAAACUGUUUCACACCAUUGACUCUGAUAACACCAGUAAUGUUGACACCAAGGAACUAUGCGACUACUUUGCCAAACACAUGGGGGAAUAUGAAGGAGUGCUAGCCUCGCUGGAGACUCUCAACCUGGCAAUUCUCAAAGCCAUGGACUUCACCAAGAAGGUGUAUGAACGUGGAACUAAUGUUGAGCAAUUUGUGACCCGCUUCCUGUUGAAGGAAUCAGCCAAUCAGAUCCAUUCUCUAUUGAGCUCUGUAGAGAGUGCUGUGGAUGCUAUUGAUGAGCAACAUACAUCAGUGGGAUCCUACCCCAGUAAGACCAGCCCACGUGUCCCAGAUAGGCGCUAUGAGGCCCCAGUGCCAGAUUACCCUCCCAACAACAGAGUCAGUGCCAAGGAGACCAUGAGGAACAUCAACACAGGUGCAGGAGCUGUGGAAGUGAGAAAAGAAGGACUUGAGGCGCAGAUCAACCGACUGGCAGAGCUGAUUGGACGUCUGGAGAAUAAGAAGAAAGAAGGGGUUUUGGACAACAUAAAGACAGUUUGGUUUGACCUACAUCAGCGACUAACAGACACUGAUGGCACAACUAGCGCAUCCCUGUACCUGGUCCGCCAGGAGAUGACUGUUACCCAGAAGCAGCUCGGAGAGUUCUGCGAGGCCCUGAAACAAUACCUUAAGAAUGUGUCUGCCCAGAGAGACUGUUUCCAUGUGACUGCUGUACGGCUGCCUGACGGCCUUUCUUUUGUGGUGUAUGAGUUUUGGGAUGGUGAGGAGGAGUGGAAGAGGCACCAUCAGACGGCAGCCUGCAAGGCCUUCCAGCAUGUGAAAGUGGAUACUCUUAGCCAGCCAGAGGCUGUGUCCGCUGUCGCCGUGCCUGCCGCCUGGUGCAGCCUGAACAGAGAAUGAGAAUCAAGCCAGUCUGCGGGUGGAACGGUCCCGCCUUAUGCCUGAAGACCUUCGCCUUUCCUCUUCCUCCACUGUCCCCUUUCUAUCCCUCUGUCACAAUCUCUGCUUUCUUAACUCUCUCCUUUUCUCUCUGCACUUUCCCCACUCUGUCACCCUCUCUUUUAUAAUUACUUGUUUACUCAGUAAUCAUUUGAUAUUGAGCCAAAACUACAGUGUCAGCUGCAGAGAAUGUUGAAAAUAGUAACAAUUCCCUUAUGAACAACUCCACCGCUGUAAUAUACAGACAUUAAAGGGAUAGUUCACCCGAAAAUAUAAUUCUGUCAUUUAAUGACCCUCAUGCUGUUCCAAACCAGUAUAACUUUCUUCCUUGGAACACAAUUAUGUUAGGCGAAAUGUUAGCCUCAGUUUCAAUUGCAAGUGAAUGGUAAAUGUAUCAUUUUUGGGUAAACUAUCCCUUUGAAACUGAACCUGCUUGAUGCAUUAUAUCCAACAUCAGGAAAAUCACAAAGCAUGUGCAUUUAAAAUAUCAACUUACAUAGACAGUCUCUUCUAAGUAAAUGAGGCCGAUUAAUAUUUCAUCUCUGUUUGAGUUUAAAUGAGCAUCCACUGCUUUGCAAACAGUUCCCAGUUGGUACAACUUCUGAGAAGACAAAACUGUGCAGUGAAGUAUUUAUACAGCUGUCAGAGGAUAAUAGCAUUUCAUACUUGUUAUAGGCUGGUGUUAUAGGUACCUUCUGAACAUGUGUAUUGCACUGAGACAUGUAGAGAUAUUGGUAAUAUUUUUUUGCUGAACAGCAUGGAACAUACUGCCAAUCAAAGGGCCUACAUUCACAACACACAUCAAAAAAAGAUCUGGACCAAAAGCACAAUGUACUUGGAUUAUUAUAGAGGAAAUGUUUAUAUAAAUUAAAUGUGCUUAUAGACUGUAGAGAACAUCCUGAGUAAUGAGCAUUAGGAGAACAGAAUUUUCUUGAAAAUGUGAUCUACAAAUGCUGAUAGACAAUAUAUGAAUGUAAGAGUGGCAUUGACUGUGUAAUUCUCAUCUAAUUUUGUUCAUCAUAAAAGAAUAUUUGGCUCCAGAUAAUCUCAGGACAAAUAAUAUUAACCUCUCAUAGAAUAGAAUAUUUUGAUCAAAGUAGAUCAUACUUCAAACAGCUCACAUUUGUUGAUCAGCAAAUCUAAGGCUGAUUUAUGUGUGCAAAUUGACUGAAAUGUCUGGUUGGCUCAAUAUAGAAACAGUUCAAUAGCAGGAGAAACAAAAACAGCCCAAACUGCAACAUUCCUUUCUGUUUGCUUUCCCACCAAUCCUGCCAUCUGUUUGAUUUGUUUAUCCUUCAAAGUGAGUGCAUGUUACAAAUGAAUGUCCAGUAAAUUAUUUGCCGUAGAAUUUAGCUAUGCGACUUUAAAUGAAUUUUGUGCAUUUCUUAUUUUUUUUUAUAUUACUCCAGUAACGGAACAAAAAUAAAUGAUAUAUAUGAGAUGAACAAAAGUUAAAAUAUGAGCAGUCACUUUUAAUGGCAUUGUUUGAUGAAAUACUACUUCUUAUUCCCAUGUAUGUUUCCGUAAUCUGGCUUUCUCUCUUAUACGUGAGUGUAGAGAUUUAUUGCAGGGAUGCAAAGUAUUAUAUUUGUCUUAAAUUUGUUACAAUUCUAGAUUAUGUA